AUGACUACUAGGCUUCAAAAUAAUAUAAGAAAGCCUAUUAACAAACUCAAUCUUCUAGCCGCUGUGACAGAUAAUGAUUCAAAACCCGUUCCAGAAACUGAACCCAAAACCAUUGCCCAAGCUCUUAAAAGUCUUGUUUGGAGGAAGGCUAUGGAUGAGGAGUUCAAUUCUCUCAUUCGAAACAAAACCUGGAAUCUUGUACCACCAUCUACAUCAAAAAAUGUGAUUGGGUGCAAAUGGGUAUUUCGUAUUAAACGACAUCCUGAUGGUACCAUCAAACAAUACAAGGCCCGUCUCGUGGCAAGAGGUUUUCAUCAACGACCGGGUGUAGAUUAUAAUGAGACCUUUAGUCCAGUCGUCAAACCUACCACAGUUCGUCUCAUUCUAUCAGUUGCUACUAGUCAAGAUGAUAUAAUUGUUGCUAGCAAUACACCACAAUUUCUAGAAGAUUUCAUCUCAAAAAUAUCACAACGGUUUUCCCUCAAGGAUUUGGGAGAAUUAUCUUAUUUUUUGGGAGUUGAAAUUCUACCACACCCUGAUGGUUUGUUCUUGAGCCAAAAGAAAUACAUUAAUGAUAUAUUAUGCAAGGCUAAAAUGGAUGAUGUCAAACCAGUUGCUACUCCUCUUGCAACUCAUGCUCCAUUGAUGUUAGAAGCCUACAUUGUGUAUCUUGGCAGAAAUCCUAUAUCAUGGACAUCAAGAAAGAAAAAGACUCGAGCUCGCUCCUCAACAGAGACAGAAUAUCGAACUGUGGCUAGUGCAACAACUGAAAUUCUAUGGAUUCGUAAUCUGUUUCAAGAGCUAGGAUUAACACUUCCGACUACUCCUAUAUAUUGUGACAACGCCGGUGCUACUUAUGUCAGUGCAAACCCGGUAUUUCAUUCAAAAAUGAAGCACCUCGGGCUAGACUAUCAUUUUGUUCGUGAAAAUGUACAAUCAGGCAAACUCCGAGUGUCUUACAUAUCUACUAAUGAUCAAUUGGCAGAUGCUCUAACAAAACCACUCCCACGCACAACUUAUACUUCUAUGUUCGCAAAAUUGGUCUUUCCACUAGGCCAACGAUUUUGA